CGUUCGCGAAUCGCGAUUGGCCGUCUCGUUAUCUUCGGGGGGGCGGAAGGAAGACAAGAAACUCUCUUUACUCAUCUAUUUAUAUUCAUUUUUCGCACUCUCUCCUCCCUUCUCUCUCUCAACUCUCCCCCUCUUACUGUUGCUAAUGGCGGAAGUUGGACUCAACUCUCCUCUUUUGCAACCCGAACACUUCAGAAACUCACCCCCCGAAGCCCAACUAAUCCUUGACAUCGAAGUCGAUGGCUCUGGCAGCUGCGAUUCGCUUUCCUCGGUUCAUUACAAUUAUCCCGCUGUGGAUACCUCCGAAGAACACAACCCUUUCCAUUUCAUCGGUGCUGGCAGCUUUUCCGUUCCUCCCCAGUCCCCGGUUGAUCCGUUUCGGAAUUAUACCCCCGAUAUUCAAGGUCUCUAUGAAUGGCUCAAAAUUUUGGUGUGUAUUCCCAUUGCAAUUGUUCGGCUUGUCUUGCUCGGUCUUUCUCUUGCGGUGGGUUACGUCGCCACCAGAUUCGCUCUGCAGGGUUGGAAGGAUAAGCAGAACCCGAUGCCCAAAUGGAGAUGUAGGCUGAUGUGGAUCACCCGCCUCUGUUCUCGUUCUAUUCUCUUCUCUUUCGGUUAUCAUUGGAUAAAGCGCAUAGGAAAACCUGUUCCAAGAGAAUCUGCUCCUAUUGUUGUAUCUAAUCAUAUAACAUUCAUUGAACCCAUUUUCUUUUUUUAUGAAUUAUUUCCAACAACUGUUGCUUCUGAAUCCCACGAUGCCAUACCUUUCGUUGGAACAAUUAUUAGAGCAAUGCAGGUUAUUUAUGUCAAUAGAUUCUCAGCACCAUCAAGAAAGCAUGCUGUUCAUGAAAUAAAGAGAAAGGCUUCCUGCAAUAAUUUUCCUCGAGUUUUGUUGUUUCCUGAGGGUACCACAACUAAUGGGAGGGUCCUUAUAUCAUUCCAACUUGGUGCGUUUAUUCCUGGUUUACCAAUUCAGCCAGUGGUUGUUCGCUAUCCCCAUGUACAUUUUGACCAAUCUUGGGGACAUAUUUCUUUGCCAAAGCUCAUGUUCAGAAUGUUCACUCAAUUUCACAAUUUUAUGGAGGUAGAGUACCUUCCUAUUGUCACCCCACUUGAAAGACAAAAAGAAAGCCCUGUUCAUUUUGCUGAGAGGACUAGCUAUGCUAUUGCAAGUGCACUCAAUGUUGUCCAAACAUCUCAUUCCUAUGGCGACUUAAUGCUUCUGGCUCAAGCAGCCAAAUCACAAAAAGAAAAGGCCUCAAGUUAUAUGGUGGAAAUGGCUAGGGUGGAAAAGUUGUUCAACUUAAGCACCUUGGAAGUUCUGGAAUUUCUAGAGAAAUUUCUUGCUAUGAACCCAGAUCCUAGUGGACGUGCCAAAUUCCACGACUUUUUGAGGGUUUUGAAGUUAAAAGCAAGUCCUCUUUCUGAGAAGAUCUUUAAGUUCAUAGAUGUGGAGAAGUGUGGAUCAGUUACAUUUCGACAGUUCUUUUUUGGAUCAGCUCAUAUCCUGAAGCAGCAACUUUUCUCGCGAGUAUGUGAAUUAGCCUUCACAGAAUGUGAUGCACUGAGAAGUGGUUACAUCUUGAAACAACAGCUGGGAGACUUUCUUAAACCAGCAAUAUCGGAUACGUCCGAAGAUGAGGUGAAUCAACUUUUCAAGUUAUUUGAUUCAGACGACGAUGGAAGGAUCAGCAAGGAUGAUUUCAUGGCCUCCCUUAGAAAGAAUCCUUUGCUAAUAGCACUUUUCAUGACACAACGGAGGCAUGCGAUGGCAAGGUAGAACCGUAGAGGUUACUUGAUUGACAGCUUUAUUCGACCAAGGAUCAGUUGGAUAAGAUUACUGUAUUUUUCUAAUUUUUUAUGUGCUUGUGAUUUUUUUUUUCUUUUCUUUUCGUGGUGGGGGUAGUACUGUGUCAUAUAUGGUGUCAGAAUUGGCUCCAUAGAAUUUUUUUCUACUAUGGGAGCUUCUUAAAUAUCUAACCCUGUAAAAUACUUCAUUACGGAGUUUGAUUGAACAUUUAUGUAUUUUCUAUUUACAGAAAAAAGAAAAAAAAAAAAAA